AAAACUCGUUACUCGUAACUGUGUCCGUGUGGCAAGUCGACCAGAAACCAAGAGUAUUGGGCACGUUUUCCAUUAGUUUGAUUUGGAUUUGAUAGCCAAAAUUUACCUCACAAUUUUAAGAAGAAUGAAGUUAAUAACCCACAACAUGCUAACAAGUAAAGCCUUAAAGAAUGUAAAGGAAGGGUUUCCAUUACGUAUCCAGGCUGAUGAGGUUAGAAAUGUUGAUAUAGAUUUUGAUCGGGAGUUUAUUUCUAGAAUGAUUCCAAAACUGGACUGGAAUGCACUGAAGUUUGCAGCACAAUGU